AGGCAUUCUCUCCCCCCCCCCCCGCCCCACACACACCCACGUUCCCACAGACAGCAGGAAACACACUGGCCUUCGAAGACCCCUGAGAGGAAAUUAAGUUUACAAAGUCUGAAAUCUGGAUAUGGAUACCGCCGAGUUCCGAAAAAGAGGAAAAGAGAUGGUGGAUUAUAUCGCAAAUUACCUCGAGCGCAUAGAAAAGAGGCAGGUGUAUCCGGAUGUGGAACCAGGCUAUUUGAGGCCCCUCAUCCCAGAAUCGGCUCCUGAAGAACCUGAGAGAUUUGAAGACAUCCUCCAAGACGUUGAAAGGGUCAUCAUGCCAGGGGUGACCCACUGGCACAGCCCCUACUUCUUUGCUUACUUCCCGACGGCUAGCUCUUUCCCAGCUCUUCUGGCGGACAUGCUGUCAGGGGGCAUCGGAUGCAUAGGGUUUACUUGGGCGUCCAGCCCGGCGUGCACAGAACUGGAGACAGUAAUGCUGGAUUGGCUGGGAAAGAUGAUCAAUCUGCCUCCACAGUUUUUGGCUGGGAAGGACGGAGAGGGUGGUGGCGUGAUUCAGAGCACAGCCAGUGAGGCCACCUUGGUCGCGCUGCUCGCGGCUAGAACCAAAGUGAUCCACCGAGUCCAGUCGGAAAAGAGAGACCUGACUCAAGGAGACGUCAUUAGCCGCUUGGUGGCUUAUACAUCUGACCAAGCUCAUUUUUCAGUAGAAAAGGCUGGGUUGAUUGCUGGAGUGAAGAUCAAGGAGAUCCCAACCGAUGACAAGUUUGCUGUGCGUGGAUCGGCUCUAAGAAAAGUUCUGGAUCAAGACAAAGCUGCGGGUCUUAUCCCCUUCUUUUUUUGCGCAACGCUUGGAACCACGACGUGCUGCUCUUUCGACAAACUCCUGGAACUGGGGCCGAUUUGUAAUGCUGAGAAUAUGUGGAUGCAUAUUGACGCUGCCUACGCUGGGAGUGCAUUCGUCUGCCCUGAAUUUCGCUACCUUCUCGAUGGAGUUGAAUUUGCAGAUUCGUUUAACUUCAACCCACACAAAUGGCUUCUGGUGAACUUUGACUGUUCUACUAUGUGGGUGAAGAAGAGAACAGAUUUAACCUGUGCCUUCAAGAUAGACCCUGUGUACCUGAAGCAUGACCAUCAAGAAUCAGGACUGAUCACAGAUUAUAGGCACUGGCAGAUCCCGCUGGGUCGGCGGUUCCGUUCCUUGAAGAUGUGGUUUGUGUUUCGAAUGUAUGGUGUGAAGGGACUCCAGGAAUACAUCCGGAAGCAUGUUAAACUAGCGCACGAAUUUCAGGAGCUGGUGCUUCGGGACGAUCGGUUUGAGAUCUGUGCUGAUGUCGUGUUGGGGCUGGUGUGCUUUCGGCUAAAGGGCACCAACGAGCUCAACGAGGCGCUACUGAAGAGCAUCAACGAUGCCAGGAAGAUCCACCUCGUCCCCUGCCGCCUGAAAGGGAAAUUCGUGCUGCGUUUUUCCAUUUGUGCUCGCACCGUGGAAUCCACCCAUGUCCAGUUUGCCUGGAAGCACAUUGAGAAGCUGGCGAGCGAACUCUUGAAAGCCCAGAAGCGGCAAUAACGAUGGACUCGAUGGAUCAGCUCAUUUAGGGGAUGGCAAAGGGCCAGCGGUGGCAGCGCAUUGUGGUGUCUCCCAGCUUGUCUGAUAUUCCCAAACUACAAGCAGCAGACUGUGCCAGGCCCCAAAUGCAGAUAAGAGCCUAAAAAUUGUGUCGUGUUGACCACAGUCUAUCCUGCCCAGCUCAUAGCACGAUCCUUCUGUAUCUGCCAAAUGUUGCUUCUUCACAUUUGGGUUGUGAUCACACACACUUAAUAAUGCACUUUCAAUCCACUUUCAAUGCAUUUUCCAACUGGAUUUUGCCAGUUCACAAAGGCUGAUUGUACACGUUGGAUAAUGCAUUUUCAAUGUGCUUUAGCAAAUCCUUUGAAGCUGAAUUUUCCUGCGCAAAACAGCAAAAUCUACUUGCUAAUGUGCAUUGAAAAUGCAUUAUCCGGCAUGUGUGAAAUUAGCCAAAGUAAAAUCCAGUUGGAAAGUGCAUUGAAAGUGGAUUGAAUGUGCAUUAUGUAGUGUGUGUGAUCGGAGCCUUGCUCUCCCUUCUUCCUUCAGCUCAGCUUCAACUCAUCCAAGUUCUGAUGGAUGCUUGAAUAGAUGUGAUGUCACAAAAGUACGCCUUGUAAAACGGUUACAGUCACAAAACCACCACCAUGUACUGACUGCAAAAAUAUAUAUUAAAGUGACAGAACAACGA